UCAAACAGAUUUUUAUCACCUUUUGCGUGGGCGAGAUUUCAUAUAUAAACCAUCUCCCGGCAAAAUCUGCGCAGAUUCAUUAAGGACACAAAGAUGGAGAACAGGUCACUGACAUUCUCUACAACAAACGGUCACUCUUCUCCUCCGAACGAGGGACGACCAUUCUCUUAUGGCCUGGCCAGGAGCACAUCGACCAGUACUAGUGGAAAAUAUCCUCCGCCAGUAAUGCGCCGGGCCACUACCUCAGAGGUUGGCGUUACGAGCCAUGGAUAUCAUGUUCCCACGUCUCCUAUCUCCCGGACUCCUCCAGGCAGCACUGGGUCUACCAAUCCUUCCGAUGGCUCUCCUGUAUCUCGCGGUAGUCACUGUGGAAGCUUCAAACAGAGCGACUCUGGCUUCCUUGAUAAUGCCGUCCCUCCGUCUCUCUCUGCCAACACGAGUUCAUUCGUUAGCUCACUGGCAAACGCUGGCUCCGAGUGUCCCAAGCAUUCCCAGGAAGCACUCAAGUAUUAUUGUCAGCUUCACGAUGAGCUCGUCUGUGCUGACUGCCUUGCAAUGGAGCCUAGGCAUCAGGGCCACACUCACACCAGGGCUGAGGAUUUGGCUAGCUCCUAUCGCUCCAGCCUCCUCUCCCAGCUACAGCCUUUGCAGGAAAUGUCCAUCGAAGCCUCUGCAGCUCUUAAGAGCAUGGCAGCGAGAAGAAAAGAAAUAAGUGAGAACGAGGAGACUGUCAAAGAGUCCAUCAAGAUGACUGUCCUUCAGCUACACAGGCAGCUGGACUCGAGGGAAAGAGAACUCAUUGAAGAGGCAGAGAAGAUAAGCCAACAGAAGCUACAGCAUCAUGAUGCACACCAGGACCACUUGCAACGACUCACCACCGAAAUGCAACAGGUAGUUGAUUCCGUGAGCGUAGCAGCUAACGAUAACACAAACAUCAUCCUCUGCCACCACAAGCAGCUCAGUGAGUGGGUAUUGGAAAGUACUAGAAAAUACCAGUCCCUCCCAAAGGAGGUAUUCACUCCCCUCCAGGGGCCCAAUAUUAGCUUUGUCCCCGAUGCUGGCGUAUUGGAAAUGUGUCAAACGAUCGGCUCUGUCACCGAGAGACAAGCCGACCCUCAAAGAUGCUACAUAGAUGAGUCCAGCAUUAAGAACCUGACGGUGAAUCAGGACUGCGUACUACGACUGGUGAUACACGAUAAAGAUGGGAAGCCUUAUACCACCCAUGUGAAAGGAAUCAAGGCAGAGGCUGUAUCAACUUCCACUGGAUCACAGCUAGACGUAAGCAUAGAGCAAGAUCAAACAAAGAAGCACCAGUACAAUAUAAGUAUGGUCCCUCAGGAAGCUGGCACGUACGUUGUGAAGGUCAAAAUCAGCAAUACCCUUAUCCAGAACUCGCCAAUAACACUAAAUGUGGGCUCUGUAGUUCAUGGGACUUUAGUUGGAGAUAUUAAAGGAGUUCUUCAACCUUAUGGUAUCACUGUUAGCCCAAGUGACGAGAUUGUCGUCGUAGAGAAUGGAAAGGAUUGCGUGAGUCUGUAUCGCUCUGACGGGAAACUUUUAAAGAGCUACAGUGGCAAAGGAAAGUUAAAGUUUAAUCGUCCCCGCGGGAUCACCAUAACUCCAUCAAACAUGCUCCUAGUCACUGACGAUGAAGGAAUCAAGCAAUGCACUCUUGAAGGAAAACACAUGACAGCAUUCGGUAAGAUUGGUAGCGGUCCACUUGAAUUCAGUUUCCCUUGUGGACUGGGAGUCAGUAACGAUGGAAAGAUCUAUAUAUGUGACACAUUCAAUCACCGCAUUCAAGUUCUUAAUAUAGACCUCACUUUUCACCAUUAUCUUGGCAUUGAGGGCGCUCCACCAGCAAAGCUUGUGCAACCGUACGACAUUGCUUUUGACAGCAGUGGGAAGAUCUUUGUCGCGGAUUACAGUGACCACAGCGUCAAGAUGUUCACACCUCAAGGUGGGUUUAUCGGGCAAAUAACAAGCAAAGGAGAAAACGAAGUACUGAAAAACCCAGUUUCUGUCCACGUCAACAAGAAUGACCAUGUUUUUGUCGGGGAGGAGAAAAACUCUGGUCUCUCUGUGUACGAUUCCAGUGGGAAGUAUCUGACCAUGAUACCAGUUCGAUCUUCAGGAGCGUACGGUAUAUCCAGUGACAGCGAAGGCUGUGUGUAUAUUAGUGACAGGGCCAACAGAAGAGUUCAAAUAUUUAAGUAACUAUAAACACUUUUGGAAUUAUUCUAUUAUUAAAUUAUUUUAUUAUUUUUAUUAUUAAUUGUUUAUUAUUAUUUUUCAACAGUUUGAGUGCCACCUACAUGUAUGUGUGUUCUUCUCCCUCUCUCUUCCUUCUCUCUACCACCUCUCUCUCUCACAAUGAGUGUAGUAUUUCUUCCAUAUUAAGCUAUUCAUAUAAAAA